AUGGCGCGUCUGGGGCGUGCCAUGCGCCGCUUCACCUCACGUCCACGCCUCGACAGCAUUACUGACUCAAUCUCCGUGAUCUCUACAGAAGCCCCACAAGUCAAUCUCCCACAUGUGGACACUCAAUUGAACAUGCACCAAUUCAACGGCUUUUUUGAAGACGGAUCCACGGCCGCCGAUGGCCUCAGAGAUUCCCAAAGUUCUGCUUCCAUACCCUCCCAUGCACCCGCGAGCCCCGAUUCAAACACCGAAGCUCCAACAGAAUGGUCGGCCGUCGGCCACGCGGCUGCCACCGGCAAGUCGGGACGAGUCAUUCACAACCUCCAAGAGGAAAUCGCACGCUUGACCCGAGAAUGCAACAUGUACCGGUCGCGCGCGGAGGAGACGCAAAGGUCGAACGAAACACUCAAGAUCCAAGUGCAAAACAUGAGCGAGCGAGUCCGGAACCUGGAGCAAGUCCAUGAGACCAACCUCAAUUCGAUCGCCCGCAAAGACAAGAAAGUGGAGGAGCUGCGCAACGAGCUACAUAGUGAGCGAAUUAAGCGCCAAGACGCGGACGCCAAUGCCAGCAAGACCAACCAGACCAUGCAAGACGAACGCGAGAACCACAACCGCGAGCAAGCCAAGACGCAGGAGAUCGCCAAAUUCCAUGAGACACAGUACGAAGUUCUCGCCAGCACGACCAAGCGCGACAAAGCCGAUCUCAGCAAACGAUUCAAGACACUUUUCGCGGAACUACAGACCCUGGCACAGGCGCAGAAAACCCAACAUGUGUCAUUCGACCGACUGGACAUUAUUGCCGAGCAAAAGAACCGUGAAAUUGACAAUCUGAGAGAAACGAACGAAAAACUCCUAGCCUGCCAUGCCGACUACAAGACAUAUAAGGACGAUGAGCUACGCGGAGAGAUCGAGCGCUCACACGCCAACAACGAUAGUAUUGAGGCAACACUUGCAUCGAUCAAAGAAGUGCAAGCACAAAUGAGAUGGGCGAUCCAAAUCAACGACAUGGAAAAGGAGCGAAAAAACAAGAAAGAGGAAAAGGAGCAAGCCAGCAAAUAA